CAGACGCCCAACUUUUUAGCAGCAACGACCCGGCAGCAAGCUGCAGCGAAGCAACAGCGCCAGCCGGGACUGAACCACCAGGAAGCACAAAGCGGAUAAAGCACACACUUUGCCAGGCGCUAAAAACAUAUAAAGCUUCCCUGGGAAGCACAGAUGCGAUUUCCGGCCAGGUACUUAAGCAUAGCAACCUCGUGCUUAACUACCUAAGGAACUGCAUCCCAAAGUACUCCAACAUCAAAAAGCCUGAAGAUGCAAUAGAGGCGAAGGCUUUAAUAGAAUUUGUGGAUAAAACAUACGGCGAAAGCAACGAAAAGUUCAAAGAAAUGUUCGUCACUCCACUCACAACAGCCAAGGCAGCAAUUCGCUUGAAUGAAAAAACAGAGCCGAAAGAAAUCGCGAACAUGGUGUCAGUGGAAGAUAGAGCCGCAGCAAUAAGCCACAAUGAAGGUAUGAGAAACGCCAAGGAACUUGAAGCCGACAAGAAGAAUACAGUAGCCACUCCAGCAACAGAUCUGGCCAAAAAAUCAGAGGAUUGCAAAGGCGAAAAAGACGAAACUAAAUGCAACAAUAAGGGUGGAUGCGAAUUCAAAGAUGGGGAGUGCAAAAUCAAAGUGACAACAGCAACAGAGACAAAUGGCAAGACUACAAACACCACAGGAAGCAAUUCUUUUUUCAUUAAAACUUCCCCUCUUUUGCUUGCAUUUUUGAUUCUAUAA